AUGGCCAAUAUUACCUGUGAAGGAGAUGAGAAGUCAAUCCUAGACUGUCCCUUACAUGGAAUGGGGGACAGUCUGCAAUGUCGUAGUAGUGCGGCAAUUAACUGUUUCCGACCAGUGAACCUCUUCGAAAGCUUCUGGCCGUACUUUGGUCUAGUCGGGCUGUACAUCAACCAAAAAUGGACUAUGGUAUGCAAUGACGGUUUUACAGACACAGACGCCCAGGUUGUUUGCAGAGAGCUUGGUUAUGUCGAUGGUCGCAAGUACUGUUGCGCCGGUCUCAGCCUCGCCACAAACAUCGAACCCAAAGCCAGUGUCGUUAUCACAGAAACCAGAUGUAAAGGAACCGAAACAUCGGUACUCAAUUGUCCUUACAGACUUGGUUCUUGUGAUUACGUCGCUUACGCCUUGUGCUUCACCUCACCAGUCGUUGACAAAGAAGAUAAAAAAAUCUCCAUUCGGCUAAUGAAUGAGAAAUAUUUUGGGAGUGUUGAAGCCAAUAAGAACGGAAUAUGGAGUCUUAUCUGUCCGACAGAAUGGGACGACCGAGACGCCAAUGUCACGUGUAAAGAACUCGGUUUUUUUGGUGGAGUUGCCAGCAAGUCAAUCUGGUCGAGCAUCGAGCCAAUGAUCUAUGGAAAUUUCAGUUGCACUGGAAACGAAAAAAGCUUAUCCGAAUGUCCGCAUACAAGUUUUAAUUGCAUCCGGGAUUCAUACCAGUCGCUGGCGGCUGGAGUUCUCUGUUAUCGCCAUAUUGAAGGAAUCCACUUUCGCAUCGCCAAUGGUCUGAAACCCAACCAAGGUCGGGUUGAAAUGUUUCAUGAUGGUCGCUGGACUACAGUCUGCAACAAUGAUUGGGAUGACAAAGACGCAGCCGUUUUUUGCCGCCAAAUUGGUUACGUUGACGGACGAGUUGGUACCGCGCCCACCGUGAACGAAUCCCACGCUGAUAUCAUGAUGGAUAAACUUCAGUGUACGGGCAACGAGAAAUCUUUGUUAGAAUGCCCGCACGUAUGGACAGAUGGACGAACUGACUGCACACAUCGGAAUGACGCUAAAGUCGUCUGCUAUAAAGCCGUGAGGUUGUUUGAAGGCGAUUCUUACAGUAAUGGAAUUGUACAAACCCGUCUUGGUGGUGUGUGGGGGUCUGUCUGCGACAAAAACUGGGAUGAAAACGAUGCCGGCGUGGUAUGCCGAGAACUGGGGCACGAAAACGGAUUACCAAUCUGCUGUGGCGCUUAUGGAUUCCACGUGCGCAACCCCCACGUGGCCGGCAUCAACUGCACGGGCAAUGAGACUAGCUUAUUGGACUGCCCGAAAAGCAAACCUUCUUAUUCUUGCUACUAUCGAAACUACGCUGCUGUUGCUUGCUACAACGGACCUUUACCAACAAGUAAGUAA